AUGCAAACGUUGACCAGUCGACUAGAACUACCCCAACCGACGGCAGACAUGAGCACCCUGGUACAGUCAGAUUUGCAAGAAACUGAAUUCGACCCUGGAGAACAAGGUCCGCCGACGAGUGAGGAACGCAUGCUUACCGAUGCUGAGGAAGAUGGUCCGGCAGUUUGUGGAACGGAUGAGGGAGUGCCAGUAACUGGUUACGACCUAGAAGAUGAAGAUGAUCUUGCUGCAGAUGAAGGAGCCGAUAGUACUCAAUCCAAUCGAGAAGAUUGCAAAACACCGACAGUGGGUUCUGAGUCAGGGCUAUCAUCCGUAAGCAGGAAACAACAACAACAACAGCAGCAUAAAUCAAAUGAACAGCAACAGCGUAAACGUGAUUCGGAUCAGAAUCGUUGUUCCAUAUCGCCCGGUCGGCCGGAAGAUAAACGUGUACGAAAAUUUGUGUGCCGUUACUGUCAUAAGGCAUUCAGUUUGAUGAAUGUACUCAAAGUGCACGAACGAAUUCACACCGGAGAGAAGCCAUAUAUUUGUGAAAUUUGUGACAAAGCAUUCAAUCAAAGUGGUAAGUUCUUUUUUGAUUGUAUCCCUUCUCGUGAGGAAAUACUAUUAUGA